CAACAGCCUCAGAACCAUUGCGCAAAACAGCCUCACAAUCCCUCCUAGCAUCUUCCAAUAUGAGUUCCAAGAUUGAGAAAAUCAUCACUCGGCUACAAUCGAAGAUUACUGAAGGCCAGUUCUACGAAGCUCAGCAGCAGACCCGCGUCGUUGCGUCUCGGUAUAUCAAGGCCAAGGACUGGCCCGCCGCCAUUGAUAUUUUAUAUAAUGUUGCCUCUUCACUCCUGAAGGCGGAGCAAGGCGGCUCAGGGGGUGACCUCAGCAUCUUCCUCGUCGAUGUCUACAAGCAAGCCGAGCUCGCGCCCGACGCAGCCAACAAGGGCAAGCUGCUCACUCUCCUACGACUCUUCGACCCAGAGGAGCCAACGAGGAAGAAGUUCAUAACCGAGAUGAUUGGCUGGUCCGCCAAAUUCGGCUCCUACCCCGCCGGCGAACCCGAACUCCACCACGUCACCGGCUCCCUCUACGCCUCCGAACACGACGUCUACGAUGCAGAACGCCACCUCCUCCUCGGCACGAAAGACUCGCCUCCCCUCCUUGCAAACCUGGAGUACGACUGGUACGCCACCGACGACUCCCACACAGCCGCUACCUACGCCGCGCGCGCUGUCCUCCCCUACCUCCUCCUCGGCAACGUGCGCGACGCCUCCACCGCCCUCCAACUCUUCACCGCACGCCUCGCAUCCUCGAACCCCUCCCUAGCCGUGCAGGACGUCAAGGCGUCAAAAUCGGGGACAAAAGUCUACCCCUCCCUUCCUCUACUCAACUUCCUCACUCUCCUCGUGGCGGCGGUGGAGAAGGGCGCGGCGGAUCUGUUUAGACAGUUGAAGAUGCAUUAUGCGUUGCUUAUCAAGGAGGCGACGGGGUGGGAUGAGGCGCUGGAGAGUAUUGCAGAGAUGUACUUUGGGAUUGCGAGGCCAAGACAGGGGAACCCGCUAUUUGAUAUGAUGGGGAGCAUGUUUGGGGCGCCGCAGGCGCCGAAGAAACAGCCGAAGAGGGUAGGUGCGGCGUCCGGUGCGCCAGCGGCGGAGGGAUUAGAUUAGAUGGUCGUGUAGAGAUGAUACCAAUGCAACACGUUUAGAAUGUCUGUAUGCGCUGGUAGCUGAAGCUUGGUGGCUAGUAGCUGGGUAUCUUCAAACGCCAUGUCCCUUUUCCAUUUUCCUAUCCUUCCAUCAUUUUCAAACAGCAAUCCAAUCAUCCUCCGCCAGCUGCGCGACCUUCCCCCUCAACACCCCCCGCACAGCCUCCAGUAGUUCUGCCGGCUCGCUCGGCGCCCGAUUCCGAUCCCGUAAAUGAUGCUUCAC